CAAUUCCGCAUUUUACUCCGUACCUUGUGGGUAAUGCCUUGACGCGGAGUGCGAUUGUUUGCCGGUCUGACCGAGUGGACGCAUUCUAUGUGAGGGAAAGUGUUGUCUUUGGUGCAGUUCGUGAAAAUGGACACCCAGGACACGUGGAAGGAGUUAAAGGAACUUCAGGAAAAAAGGACUCUUCGUCGAGAGAGAUUCCACCAGAGGAAGAAGGAGAGGGAAACUCUGCUAAACUUUAGCAAAGGACCUGCUACUUCCGCUACAGCGCCUUCCACGCAGUGUUCCACCCAUCCUGGUAUCCUCACUGAUGGAAGUCAGUCAAAACAUGAGCAGGAAGGAAAGAAGGAUGAAGUGGAUUUGAGUCCAGAAAUAGAAAAGGAGCUCCUAUUACAUCUGUGUGAUGUCCUCUUGACCCUCCCAACUGAUUCCCGUGUGCUGACGACCCAGGUUUCCCGGAAUCUCAAGCGAGAUCUCUCUCACUCUACAAUUGAGAAUUUGCUUCAAAAAUUUGCUCUCCAGGAACUCAUCAGUCUUCAAGAGGGUCAGACAACAGAUGGGAAGAAAUGCACUGUGAUCACAUCGAUGGAGCACGAUCGUCUGAUGGCUGUUGCCUCCGAGGGUCAGCGAGAUGGACCAACGAAACGGAGACAGACAUCUGGGGAGAAAGAAGACACAGAGAAGGGAGAUGGGAGGUCCGAGGAUGAAAGGAGGCCAGACAAAGUUCUUCGCCUUGAUGACAAGAGAAAGAAACUCCUUGAUUCUGACAUCCAUAGCCUCCUGUCACGGCCAUCCAUCAAAGAGAAGGAGAGCAAGAAAGUUGGAGAGGAGAUUCUGGUUCUCCUUAGCAAACCUACUGUGAAGGAACUGAGUCUGGCUGAACGCUUUCGAUCUCAGGGGGGGGCAACAGUACAGGAAUUCUGUACAUAUGGGACGCGAGAGGAAUGCACGAGGGAGCUGAAAGGUCAGGGAGCCCCAGCUUGCAAGAAACUGCACUUCCGCAAAAUCAUCCAAAAGCACACAGAUGAGUCACUGGGAGAUUGUUCAUUCCUCAAUACCUGCUUCCACAUGGACUCGUGCAAGUACGUCCAUUACGAGGUGGACUAUGAGGGGGUUGAGCAGCGAGGAAAGAAGGACCUCAAGGAUAGGUUAAGUCUGAGCAAGUCCAAUACUGUUGGGAUCGUCCUCUUUCCCCCACAGUGGAUUCAGUGUGACCUGCGCUACUUUGACAUGACCACCCUAGGAAAAUUUUCUGUGGUGAUGGCUGACCCUCCAUGGGAUAUCCAUAUGGAACUUCCUUAUGGUACAAUGUCUGACCAAGAGAUGCGAGCACUCAAUGUUCCAUCCCUGCAAGAUGAAGGACUCAUCUUCCUCUGGGUUACUGGCAGGGCGAUGGAGCUCGGUCGGGAGUGUCUGAGCCUAUGGGGAUACGAGCGGGUGGACGAGAUCGUCUGGGUGAAAACGAACCAGCUACAGCGCAUCAUCCGCACGGGACGCACGGGUCACUGGCUCAACCACGGGAAGGAGCACUGCCUGGUCGGCAUGAAGGGGAACCCCAAGGACCUGAAUCGCGGUCUCGACGGUGACGUCAUCGUCGCCGAGGUCCGUGCCACCUCCCAUAAACCGGAUGAAAUUUACGGGAUCAUCGAACGCCUCUCCCCCGGCACGCGCAAGAUCGAGCUCUUCGGCCGUCAGCACAACGUCCAACCGAAUUGGAUCACGUUGGGGAACCAAUUGGAUGGCGUGAAGAUCCUGGACCCAGAUAUGGCACAGAGGUUUUACGUCCAUUAUCCCGACGGCCAGUGCUUACGGCGGAACUGAAGGGGGCUCUUUCGUCUUAUCCAUCACCUUCAUUUUCACUCGUCGUUGCUACAACGUCAUACUGAUAACAUUAUUUCGUAAAAUAUUUUUCUUCUCGUGCAUCUUUGGUUCCUUGGACGUGAAUGCAAGAAAAAUGGAAUCGAACAUAGAAGACAAUGUGAAAUGUGGAACCUAGUAAUAAUCAGGAACAGGAGCCGUGAGAAUCUUCACGAAAUCCUUGUACUUGACGGUCCCACCAGGAUUCACCUUCGCUUCCCAGAACAGCUGUUCCACUGUCCCACAAAAACGCACGCACUUCACCCAAAAUCCCCACGAAAAAAAAAAUCAAAAUAAUAAAUAAAUAUAUACCUUCGCGCGGG